UCAUUACUUACAAAGAAUGAUAUUUUAUCACAGAAGGUUUUAAUAAGAAAUUACUUCAGGGCUAUUUUCCCCCUGUCCCAACAUGGUGGAAUGCUUCAGGAUAAAUAACACACUUUAUAUAGCCUUCGUUUAUCUUUUCUUGGAUGGAUGAUGGUUUAUUCUCUCCUAGUGCGCAGGUUUCUAGUUUGAGUGGGGACCUGCAGUCCCUGACUAGCAAACAGGAAGCCCCAUGCUUAUUGAAUUCCCUGUUAGUCACAAGUCCGAGGCGACCCCUUCCAUUAAUGAAGCCGUUGUAGGCAUCGUAUCCAAUCGGUUCUUGAAAUGUUUCAGUAAGUCUAUCUUACAAUGUUAAGAAGAUAAUCGGCAGACUUAGAAGGUCCCCAUCUGGACUGUGGAGUUCUUUCACUGUGAGAUGUUUUGCCUUUUUGAGAUAGCUCUCGCGUUUCUUCAUCUGUUCAGCCCAGAGAAGUGCAUAUGAGAAGUCAGUGACUCCAGAUCCAUCUGUUGUUAUUAUUUUCCGCUGAUAAUUGGCUUGAACAAUGAAAAGCCUGUGUCUGGAGCCUUUGAAACUGUACACCCUGUUUAUUUUCUGGAGCUCUAGCUGCCCUGGCCUCCCACCCUCCCCCUUCAUCCUCUCUCUGGGGUACAGCAAGUGGAGCUUGUGUGAGGCUGACAUCUUUGACUCUGUGCAGCAGUACAUGUCACUCAGCCCGCAGAGCUUGCAUACGGAUUUCUGUCCCAAUCCCUGUCUGUGUCCUUGGCUCCUGUGUCUGAGAGCCUUCCAGCAAUAAGCUCAGACACAGCUCCAAUGCAGGGAUCUCUUACCUGGGCUGCCGUCUUUAUUUCACUGUCCUCAUUAAAAUAUUAAUUUAGAGUACAGUAUCUAAUACCUAUGGAAUCAGAUGCUACCUAUAAUUGUACAAUAUAUUCAGUGUCAUCCAGGUUCACACAGUACAGCUCAUUAAUACUGGAUUCCGCCAUCCGCACUCCAUUAGCUCACUCCGCAUGCUGUGGAUGAGCUAGCAAGUACAACGACCCACUCGAAUGGCCAAAAUAGUGUUAGUAACAACACUGGGGUGGACAGGGGCUUCUUCACAGUGGUAGACUGAUUAUAUUUUUGUUCUGUGUCUUGCUUGAUCAAGGGUAGCCUGCUCUCAUUUGUGGGCAUCGGUGGUUUUUGGAAGGUCAUUUCAAAGGAAAAUAGUGAACAGAGCAGGAGUCUUUAGUUUCUCCAGGGCCAGGUUUUGUUCUUUGGGAUGCUGGGAAUCUUAUUUCAUAUAUUUUCUCCAGUAGCUGCCAUUGUCUAUAUUUGAAGUAGGCUUUUGUUUUUAAUACUUAAAAAAAUUCUUUUAAGGGUGGAUCUUUUGGGUUUUUUUUGGGGGGGGCAGCAAAUGAUGAAAUGAUCCCCCUCUCUUGGGGCAGUGCUUUCUCCUGAGGCUGGGAAGGACCCAUGUUCCACUCUUUUUAUUACAAAAUACAAUAUAGACAUGUGCUGGAAAACUGAAUUGGUCCCUCACAGUUCUCUGUGGCUUAGAAUCAAGUAACUGGACAUAGUCUUUCUUAUGUGUCAUUUGGAAUCACAUGCUACUCUAAAAAUUCAUUGAAAAGUAAUAAUUGGUGGCUGGCCAGAUGGCCCACUGGGUAAAGAUGCCUUUCACCAAGCUUGAUGACAUGAGUUCUACUCCAGUCAGGAGAGAAGCGAACCUUACAGGUUCUUCACUGACCCCUCUUGAGUAUGUGCAAGCACACCCACAUAAAUAAAUGUAAAAAAAAAGUAUGACCUGUCAUUGUUAACAUAUGGAAUUAAAAUUUCACAUUUAACUUUAAUUUGAAAACUGAAAAACAAAACAGAGGGGAAAAAUAAUUAAGUUACUAAGACUAACAAGUUGCUAGAAGCGAGGGUCAGAGGCCAGUAGAAGCUGACUUAUUAGUCUGAGCAAGAUGCACUAGAAAAUUCCCAGCCUUCAUAUGUUUCUCCCUCUUGCUAAAUUCCUGGGUUCUACAGACAAAUUACAUCGAGGUAUGACAUAUUUUUCUGCAGAAAUGGAGAAAAUUGUUGACUAUAAUUACAUUGUUUAAUUGAAGUGAUAAGUGGCCGAGGCCACUCACUUAAAAGCAUCCUUCCUAAUAUCUGGAUAAUGUUUUUAAAUGAGCGGUCAUGCAUUGGUGACAUUUGAAAGGCAGGCAUUUGGGAUGUACUUUUGGAAAGCUCCCAUUAUUUUCCUCAAAUGAUUAGCAAGCUAAAGGAUAUAGUUAAGUGAUAUUCUGUGUAUGUGUGCUUAUUUGUAUUCUCUUUAGAUAUGCAAAGUAUUAUAUCUGAGACUCUAUGCAGUGAUAUAUGCAUAUGCAUGUGUGUAUACGCCUUAUUUAUGUGUAGUUUAUAAAUAUACACAAAACGUGCCUUGAGGAGUGUAUAAUGUAGCCUUAAACCGAGCCUAAACCAUGAGCUUCUUAAAAUCCUUGAUCAUGGGAGAUUGCAAUACAGCCUGCAGCAGAACUUCACAGAAGUCUUAUGUGCCAGCUUGUUUUGGAAGUAGCUGACCAUCCAAGUUUGCCCCUUAGUGCCACUCCCCAGAAGUGAAUUCUCAAUUGCUAGUGAAUGUAAUUCAUUUUGAUUGUUAGCGUAGCAAUAUUACAGUUAAAGGUAGAUCUCCCAGUUGCGUGGUGCCCCUGGAACAGCCAGUGUCUCCUGUCAGAGGAGGGUAGGUAGGAGGCACAGCGGGCGCCUGAUUGAGCCAGUGGUUCAUUUGCCGAGUGUUUGUGUUUAUGCAAAGGGGCCUCUUCCUGCAUAUUUAAUCUAGAGUAAGGCAGUGGCUUUGUUGUGUUUAGCCCACAUACCUUCAGCCCUUCCUCACACUGCCGCCAGCCUGGGAACCCUGAGAGCCUGCAGGACUGGGCUUCUCACCGCCUCUACUUUCUCCCUUACAAACUCUUGAACUUCGUUUCGUCCUGGGAGAGACGGGCCUCUCCUGCCCCAAAGCUCUGCUGCCUCACCAUGAAUGGGGUGAGACGUGACCUUUUGAGGUGACUAUAACUGAAGAUUGAAUUAUAGAAGCAAAAAAAAAAAAAGGUUUUUGAGUCAUGAUGCAAGAAUCUGGGUCUGAGACAAAAAGUAACGGAUCAGCCAUCCAGAACGGGUCCAGCGGCGGCAACCACUUACUAGAGUGUGGGGCACUUCGUGACACUCGGUCCAACGGGGAGGCACCAGCGGUGGACCUGGGGCCAGCCGACCUAGCCCACGUCCAGCAGCAGCAACAGCAGGCCCUGCAGGUGGCAAGGCAGCUCCUCCUUCAGCAGCAGCAGCAGCAGCAGCAGCAGCAACAGCAGCAGCAGCAACAACAGCAGCAGCAGCAGCAACAGCAACAGCAGCAGCAGCAGCAGCAACAGCAGCAGCAGCAGCAGCAGCAGCAGCAGCAAGUUAGUGGACUAAAGUCUCCCAAGAGGAAUGAUAAGCAACCAGCUCUUCAGGUCCCCGUGUCAGUGGCUAUGAUGACGCCUCAGGUUAUCACUCCCCAGCAAAUGCAGCAGAUCCUCCAGCAGCAAGUGCUGAGCCCCCAGCAGCUCCAGGUUCUUCUCCAGCAGCAGCAGGCCCUCAUGCUUCAACAGCAGCAGCUUCAAGAAUUUUAUAAGAAACAACAAGAACAGUUGCAGCUUCAACUUCUCCAACAGCAACAUGCUGGAAAACAGCCGAAAGAGCAACAGCAGGUGGCUACCCAGCAGUUGGCUUUCCAGCAGCAGCUUCUACAGAUGCAGCAGCUGCAGCAGCAGCACCUCCUGUCCCUGCAGCGCCAAGGCCUUCUAACAAUUCAGCCCGGGCAGCCUGCCCUUCCCCUCCAACCUCUUGCUCAAGGCAUGAUUCCAACGGAACUGCAGCAGCUCUGGAAAGAAGUGACAAGUGCCCACACUGCGGAGGAGACCACGGGCAGCAAUCACAGCAGCCUGGACCUGACCGGCACGUGUGUCUCGUCCUCAGCACCUUCCAAGACCUCCCUCCUCAUGAACCCGCACGCCUCUACCAAUGGACAACUCUCGGUCCACACUCCCAAGAGGGAAAGCUUGUCCCACGAGGAGCACCCCCACAGCCAUCCUCUGUACGGACAUGGCGUAUGCAAGUGGCCAGGAUGUGAAGCCGUUUGUGACGACUUCCCAGCCUUUCUAAAACAUCUCAACAGUGAGCAUGCGCUGGACGAUAGAAGCACAGCUCAAUGUAGAGUACAAAUGCAGGUUGUACAGCAGUUAGAGCUACAGCUUGCAAAAGACAAAGAGCGCCUGCAAGCCAUGAUGACCCACCUGCAUGUGAAGUCUACAGAACCCAAAGCUGCCCCUCAGCCCUUGAAUCUGGUAUCAAGUGUCACCCUCUCCAAGUCCGCAUCAGAGGCUUCUCCACAGAGCUUACCUCAUACUCCAACGACCCCAACGGCCCCGUUAACUCCCGUCACCCAAGGCCCCUCUGUCAUCACCACCACCAGCAUGCACACGGUGGGACCGAUCCGCAGGCGGUACUCAGACAAAUACAACGUGCCCAUUUCUUCAGCAGAUAUUGCGCAGAACCAAGAAUUUUAUAAGAACGCGGAAGUUAGACCACCAUUUACAUAUGCAUCUUUAAUUAGGCAGGCCAUUCUCGAAUCUCCCGAAAAGCAGCUAACACUAAACGAAAUCUAUAACUGGUUCACACGAAUGUUUGCUUACUUCCGACGCAAUGCAGCCACGUGGAAGGGUGCCAUUCGCACCAACCUCUCACUGCAUAAGUGCUUUAUCAGAGUAGAGGAUGAGUGUGGGUCCUUUUGGACAGUUGAGGAUGAAGAGUUUAGACGUGGCCGCCAUAUUCAACGAGGCCGUCCUCGCAAAUACUGCCCCGGUGAAAACUCUGACGAGCUUGGCGCACAUAACCCUUCCCUUAUUAAAAACAUGCAGAGCAGCCACGCCUACUGCACCCCCCUCAAUGCAGCUCUCCAGGCUUCCAUGGCUGAGAAUAGUAUACCUCUGUACACUACCGCUUCCAUGGGCAACCCCACUCUGGGCAACCUGGCCAGUGCCAUCCGGGAGGAGCUGAACGGGACCAUGGAGCAUGCCAACAGUCACGAGAGUGACAGUAGUCCGGGCAGAUCCCCUCUGCAAGCUGUGCAUCCCGUACACGUCAAAGAGGAACCCCUCGACCCUGAAGAAGCUGAAGGGCCUCUGUCCUUAGUGACAACAGCCAACCACAGUCCAGAUUUCGACCAUGACAGAGAUUACGAAGAUGAACCAGUAAAUGAGGACAUGGAGUGAACCUCUGGGCGGGCCGACCCCCGAGACCGAAGAUUGGGGGAAAAAAAAAGCAAAACAAAACAAAUCAAAUAAAAACAAACCACGUCAAAAGUUAGCAGUGAAAGCGUUCUCCGCUUGUUGUACAGUCUGGAGGAUUUUCGCUACAUUUUGACAACUCUGAAAUGUGUUAACUUUAGUGCCAUCAAGAAUCCCAUUUGGGAGUAUUUUUGAUUUUUCUACUUUUUGUUGACAAAAGGGAUUUGUACUCUGUGCAUUGGACGGACCUGUUUGGUACUUGGGAUUUUCCUCUUUGAGUCAACAUCAGUGUUGUAAAUUCGAUAAACGGAUUCACUUUUAGCAGCAGACUUUGAACUGCAGUUUUGUCCUGCCAAGGCCGACACCGAGGACACCCGACUGAGCUCGCGCACCUGUGCCGCAGACCAAGCCUUCGCCCGAAUUCAAGGUUCCAGUGGACGACCUGUUUGCACAGCACUGCAUGUUGAUAUCACUGCCUUUACUCACUUUGGUUUUUUUUUGUUUGUUUGUUUUUUGUUUUUGUUUUUGUUUUUUGCUUCCAGUUGGGAUGGGGAAGGCCUUUGUGUGUUUAUUGGGGGGAGGGGUUAAAAAUAAUUAUCCCAAACUUUUUAAUGUAUUGCUUUUUUUUUUUUUUUUUUUUUUGCUUCUUCUAUACCAUUUUAAGUUCUGACCUCAGGCCUCCAUUUGGGCCCACGGCCUCUUUGGAGGCUUCACGUUUUCUGUACCUUGUGAUGAAUGUUAAUAGGUGUUUUUAUUAUACAAAGCUGAAUGUCAUUUCUCGUCUGUAGUUUUCUGGCACUCAUUCCAUUUUCCUAUAGACAUCACCAUGUUUCUCUCAAGUUUCAAAAAACAAAACAAAACAUUCCGUUUUGGUCUUUUUUCCAAAAAAAAAAAAAAAAAAAUCCCAAAGGCUGCACCUUACACCUGAAGGUCCUCUCACAGGGACAUGAUGUCCUGCCAGAAAGAGAGUGAAGGACAGAACAAGAGAGAGAAACACACGCACACAUUCUAGGAACAUAGCAGAUUCCUUUCACAAAAGCAGUAUUGGGGGGACGGGGAUGGGAAUGCUUGAGAUUUUCCUUUUAUUUUCAUAGUGCCCACCAUUGUGAGUAACUGCCACCACAUUCUCUCAGCAUCAGGAAACACAGUCAAGAGAGACCCUGAAAAGAGUAAACAAUCAUUCAUAAUUAGACUGGUAUGACGGCCAUGGCAGGCGCUCCCCUGUAUCAUGAAGUGGCCAGGACCGCAGACUCUGUGAGGUCCUUACCAGCAUGGGUUGCUUUGUUUGCAAGAUGACCAAAAAGCCAGCUGCCCUAACUAACUUUACUCAGCAUGGGGACAGCACUGAGUUCGUCCAUCAGUUCAGACCUGCUUGGUGGUGGUGGCGGCAGCGGCAGCGGCGUUGUCUGUUUUAAUGCAAAUGAGACUUCACAUUGAACUUGUGACGGGAGAGAAUGAGGACUGAGCUGGGCAGAUGCUGAUGUUCCGGUUUCCAGUGUGCAAAGUCAGUCCUGCAGUUCAGUCUGCGCUGGGAUAGGAUCACACCACCCAUCCCAGGAGCACAGACUUAGCAGAUGACCCCAGUAGACAGACGGAGGCUCCUGGGACCAGGGCCCUCAGAACGCUAUGGCUCUAGGUCAGUAUACCCUCAGCCCUUCAAACCCCCCCACACUUCCAUCUACACCCACUUCCCUGGCAUUUAUUUAUCUAGGGCUGUAGCUUUUGGUUGGGUUUAGUUUGAGAGCCUUUUGGAGCUUAAUUUAUAUACUUUGUACCUUUUAUUUCUAAAAUUACCAAAGAUAUUAUGCAAAGGUAAAUUAUUUUCUUUUAUGCUUUAUCUGAUGAAGCCAAAUAUCCUCUUAUUGUUGAUCAAAGGAGGCAGAAGGGUUCAGAGGCAAAUGAUGAGGUCCAGGCUGUUUGCCAGCCUAAGGGAGAUAAUCUGCCCCCCCUCCCCCAACAGCAUUCAUUUAGCAGACUAAGUAGGCAAUGGAACCAAAGUUUUUUACUUUUUUCUAUUUUUUUUUUCCUUUUUCUUUCCUGUACCUGUACAGAGACCAAAACUAACUCCUAAAAGGAGAAAAUACGGGGCUACUGCAGAGAAAAACAAACAGGAAAACAGUAUUAUAGCUCCUAUGGAAAGAUUGGGGUACCAUCUCAAAGCAAAAGAAAUGAAUGUAUGAUACUGAAAAUUAGUGUAGAAAUCAAGGAGACACUUAGGAUGAAUUCAGAGAGAACAGAAAAGUGUCUGACUGCACCAGGCCACUUCUAGAAUAAAGAGAUUUUUUUACAACACUCGUAUGCCACUUCUGUUUAAGGGCUGUGCUGUGAUCGCUGCAUUGAUUUUGUUUGAUCUUGGCAUAUAUCCUCUAGUUUCUUCCUGCUUUUUGUUGUUUUUCCUUUUUCAGAUUAUGAUUUGGUCAGCAUUUUUCAUUUCCACAGAGAAAGGUAACAUUCCCAUCCACUCAUAAGCUUAGACUAGAAAGUCUUUGGCAAUUACUUCUGAAGCUUUACUCUGCUUUCUGUAGAGGGGCGGUCUGUGCUUACUCAUGCCCCACCCCCCACCCCCCACUUUUCCAGGCAGCUUCAUGAUAUGCAGGCAGUAGCCAGGCAGGGUCAUGGGAAGGGGGCCUGUGCUUCUAAACUGAGUGGUUGCUGGUUAGAUAUUCAAAAGAGGAUAAAAAUCUGGUAGAUUAGUUCCUUCUCAGCAUGUGUAGCUAGACAUGAGUAAAGAUAACAGCAUGAGAACCGUUAGUACGCAUACCUCAGUUCAAACCUUUAGGGAAUGAUGAAAACAUUUAAAAAUAUACAUUUCACUCAGUUGCACUUAGUUGUAUGUCUUGCAUGCUUAGUCUAAAGACUGUAGCAAAAAAAAUAAAGAAAAAAGAAAAAUUAGAUUUUACAUAUCUUUGCAGGUGUCACAGCCUUGCAGAAGAACCAACUCAAAAAAAAAAAAAAAAGAAAAGUUCUCAGGCUUUACAGCAAGCCAUCUUCACUCUGAUUUUUACAAUUCUGAUUCUGUCCCUUGGGGGGGAUUCUGGUCGCUUCUUUAGAAUGGGGUUGAUGCGGUUGUACAUAUAUCUCGAUCUGUCUGUGUGAAUCUUUGUCUUUUGUGGGGGAGGGCCGAGGGCAGCUCUUUUCUUUCUUUCUUUUUUUUUUUUUUUCUAAUUUUAUUUUUUAGGUAUUGUUCCUAAAAAGGAAUAAAUGCAUACAUUUGUUUGUCAAAACAUCUUUGCUUUUUGUGCAACUGCAUUUUAUUAAUGAUACUUUUAAAGAAAAGAAAACCACAGUGUCUUUGGGGGGAAAAAUCUACUGUAUGUAAUAGAUUUGCAGCCAAUGCUGCACCUGUAUUUUAUUUCAUUACCCUUGAUUUAUGAACAUUGGAUGACAUGUUGACAUGUGGGAGGAAAGAAGAAACUCCAGAACAGUUUUUUUGGGGGGGGUUGGGGAGUUUUUUGUUGUUGUUUUUGUUUUGUUUUGUUUUUGCUUUUAAAUUGUAAUUGUAACAUAGUUGACAUAAUUUGUUUCCUAUUCUCAUUAAUUGGAACAUUUUGUACAGGUUCAUGGGGUGGGGUGUGUGUGUGUGUGUGUGUGUGUGUAUGAGUGUGUAUGAGUGAGUGUGUGUCUGUGUGUGUGUAUGAGUGAGUGUGUGUGUGUGUGUAUGAGUGAGUGUGUGUGUGAAUCUGUUUUUGAUACAUUCCUGUUCCUUGUGUUGAUCCUGCCACUGCCUUCUUGACUAUCUUAAAAGAAGUUCCUAAGUUUGAAAUGAGAAAAAAAAAAAAAGUUGUUUAAAAGAAAUGUUCUCUCCUGCUGCAGUCAAUAUUUUUGCAUGAUGAAAUUCCAGGGUCACACUUUCAAAGUUUUAUCAGUAAAGUAGUGGUUAAUAAUGGGAAGUGUUGAAAAUAUUGAACUUUUUGUAUAAAAACAAAUUUACAAGGUCCCAAGGUGUAGACAAUUUGUUACUUUUUCUUUCCUUUCUUAGUAAAACUCAAGCAAACAUGAGGGAGGUUGGCCCAUGUGUCAGACUCACACAGUCGUGAUGAAGACCUGCCCUUGUUCCUAGGGUCUGUCCAGGUGAAAAGGCUUAGGUUGCCAUAUUGCGCCAGCAAAUGGUGAACCAUCAAGACUUAACGUACAUGGACCUAGCUGCCAGUGCCCUCCCCACAUCAGAAGACAGUUGACUUGACAUUCCCAGCAUCCCUCCCGUCAGCCAUAAUAAAGCAAGCCUUGGUUUAAAAGAUAAACAAAAUAAUCGAACCAAAAUGUAAUGUAAAUCACUAACUCUUAUUUUUUAACUACACACAAAAUCGAAUUGAGAAGUCUCCUCCUUUCUACAUUCUAGCUGAGCUCUCAGUCUCCAAGCGCGUAAAGCAGACUCUGCUUAUGACUUUGAAUCUUUCUGGUACCUUCUGGUCAAUGCCAUACCCUCCGGACAGUCUGGAAGUGUUUUGCAACUCGGUUUCACUUUCUUAUCCUGCGAAGCAAUUGGACAGUUCUAAGGGCGUCUCGUGGGUCCACUGUAACUCGAUGCAGCAGCCCCUGCCACCCAGGCGCCUGGGUGGAGCUGGUGCGGUCUGGGUUGUGAGCGUGCUGCUCUUUGUGUAUGUGCUGCCACUAACGAGGACUGUUUUGUUUUGUUUUGUUUUGAUAAGGCAUAAAAGAAUCUCAUUCCUUGACAUCAACUGUAAUUCCAUCAUUCCAUGUCUGUGGAUACAGACAAUAAAAAAAAAAAUGUUGUGUAGUCAGUGAUCAUUUACUGACAUGAGAGCAUUCUCAAAUGCAAUAAAAAUGCUGGUUGUUCACACUGGUA